AGUAAGGCUUGGAACAAUAACAGGAUGCAGGAUGGGAAAAAGGCGGACACCCAGCUGGGAAACCUUGGAGACUGUAAAGCUGAACACUCCCUGUAUUGCUUAAUGCAGUGAAAUAACGGAUUUCACUUAGUUCUUUAUAUUCACUCUACUUUAUCCAAUUGAGGCUUGGAGGCUGAUUACGGAUUCUCCCUGAUUUGGAAUAAAGCCCAACCCAGGGCUUUCUUCCACAGAGAUGGCAAGAUGCUGCCUUCUCCUGCUUUCUUUGAUGCUGGUUCCCACUAGUGCUCAUGGAGGAGAUUUCACAAGGACUGCCGUUAACAGCAACAUUAACAAGCGCAUAAAGAGAGAGUGGAUCUGGAAUAAAAUGCAUAUUAUCGAAGAGCACAAUGGGACUCUGCCACAUCAUGUUGGGAGGAUCACGUCAACCAUCAGGAAUCCCAAUGCUAAAUACGUUCUUGAAGGGGAAGGUGCUGGGACUCUGUUUAGAGUCGAAGACAGCACUGGAGAUGUGUCUGCAAAUGAGAGGCUGGACCGAGAGAAGAAAGCUGAGUACCACUUGAAGGCUCACAUUCUUGACCGUUUCACCAAUAAGUCAUUGGAACAACCCUCCAUGUUUCGUAUCAUAGUCUAUGACAUCAAUGACAAUGCCCCAGUUUUUGUACAAAAAGUGUUUAAUGGUUCUGUCCUGGAAAUGUCACCACUAGGAACGUCAGUCACCAAAGUGACAGCUGUAGAUGCUGAUGACCCCACAAUUCUUGGCAAUACUCGUGUUUCCUACAAAGUUAUUCAGGGAAACCAGUACUUCAAAAUAGAUGAUACUGGAACAAUCUACACAGCUGUACCGGAUUUGGACAGAGAAAAAACCCCUGUUUAUACAAUUGUGGUAGAAGCAGUGGAUGGCCACGGUCUACACUCAGAAGAAUCAGGCACUGCUACAGUCCGCAUCUCACUGACUGAUAUCAAUGACAACUUCCCCACAUUUAGGAAAAAAAACUUCCAUUUUGAAGUCCCUGAAAAUAUCAGGUUAGACGGUGAAGUUGGUAGACUGGAAGUUGAAGACAUUGAUGAGCCACAGAACAGAAAUACAAAGUACAGUUUUGUCCAAGGACCUUACCAAGAUACUUUCAGAAUAGAACCAAACCCCUUCACAAAUGAAGGAAUAAUUAGACCUAAGAAGCCGCUGGACUUUGAAAAGGUACCCUCCUACAAGUUUGAUGUUGAAGCAACUGAUGCCGGCAUUAACUAUGCAUAUUCCAGAACAAAAGGAUCCAAGAGUAUUGCAAGUGUAACCAUCAAAGUUCUCGAUGUUGAUGAACCACCUGUCUUUUCCCAACCUUUCUAUAUAUUUGAAGUUCAAGAAGAAAGUGACAUCAAAAAGGUUAUUGGAUUUGUUUCGGCACAUGACCCAGAUAAAGCAAAACGGAAAAUAAGAUAUCACAUCCUGAGAUCCAAUUAUUUCAAAAUAUCUGCCACGGGACAUAUUUUUGCCUUGAAGCCUUUGGACAGGGAAGAAAGUGCCUGGCAUAACAUAACUGUGGCAGCCAAUGAACUGGAGCAAGACAGAAUUGUGCCCAAUCUAGAAACCCACGUACCAGUUUACAUUAAAGUUACUGAUAUAAAUGACAACGCACCAGAAUUUGCUGAUGUUUACAAUCCUAGAGUGUGUGAAAAUGCCGCACCAGGAAAGACUGUUAUCAUGAUUUCUGCUGUGGACAAGGAUGAAAUGUCACCAGGAGUGAAAUUCAAGUUUUCCUUGGUGUCUGAAGAGAGCAACUUCACUCUAAUUGACAAUCACGAUAGCACAGCGAAUGUCACCGUCAAAUACGGACAGUUUAAUCGGGAACUAGUCAAAACCCAUUACUUGCCUAUCAUCAUCUCUGACAACGGCUCACCCCAGCAGAGCAGCACAAACACCCUUGCCAUCCAUGUCUGCAAGUGCAACGAGGAAGGGGACUUCACUUUCUGCGAAGAGCCAGCAAAACAAAUGGGAGUCAGCGUCCAAGCACUACUUGCCAUCUUGAUCUGCAUCCUCACCAUCAUUGUGAUUAUGGUGCUAAUAGUUAUGAGGAAGCGACACAGGAAAGACCUGAACAUUCUCAGGAAGAAUGUGACAGAUAUCCAUGAGCAGCUGGUGGCCUAUGAUGAAGAAGGUGGUGGUGAAAUGGACACCACCAGCUACGAUGUGUCAGUCCUCAACUCAGUCCGCCAGACCAGCAUGAGGUCACCGAGGAUGACCAUGGAGAACAGGCCUUGCGUGUACUCCCAUGUACAAAAGCCCCCAGGAAAUGGGAUCUCAGGCACUGGAGAAAUGGGCAUUAUGAUUGAGAUGAAAAAAGACGAAGCGGACAACGACGGGGAUUUGCUGCCGUACGACACUCUCCACAUAUACGGUUAUGAAGGGGCUGAGUCCAUUGCAGAAUCCUUAAGCUCUUUGGGAUCAGGAUCCUCAGACUCUGACAUCGACUAUGAUUUUCUGAAUGACUGGGGCCCCAGGUUUAAAAUGCUGGCAGAGCUUUAUGGGCUGGAACCCAGUGAAGAUCUUCUGUAUUGAGCGUUCUGUAUUGACAGGUUCCCCUAGCCUUAGCCACAGACAAUGUGGCUAAGAGAAUGUUGGUUCAGAAGAUGGAACCAACUAGCAAUUCAUGCAUUCCCAAUACCUAAAUCAGCUCAACAUACCUUUUUUUUCUGAGCAGGUUUACAUGACCAGGAUGAUAGACAGCAAAAGCUAUGACUUUUGAGCAUUUCAGAAGGCGCUCCAUGAGCAUACUAAUGCAUCCUGCACUUGUGGGAGGACCCUGAUUGGGCCACAUAGAGUCCUUUCUGGUGCACUCUGACACAUGUAUGAACAGCAAGGGCAGGGCUAGAUCCCAAGGCAUACACGCAUUUCGAAGUGUGGCUCUUUCCCAGCCAAGCAGUAAUGAUCCUUUCUUGCUUAUUUUAGUUACUUAGAAUAUCUGCCCUUUUAAGUCAAAACCUACCAAUGAUUCUGGAAGGAACAAUUUCCUGGACUACAGGGAGUGCAAAUUUCCUAAUCUCGAGUGUAGGUUUCAUUUGAUUGCAACUUCCAUUAUGCAUGUAUAUACAGGCUACAU